GAGUCAUGACGUAUAUCAAUGCCAAGGGAAUAUGGCGGAGGUGUGUGGUUAAAGCGGUGUCUUCUGUUAAUUUUGUUUCAAGUGGACAACACUUGUGGUGUUCUGGAUUUUGAUUAUAUUAUAGACUUAUAAUUUGCUGAAACAAUGAGUUUCUUUACCAAAGUAUUUGGUGGCAAAAAGGAUUCGGCCCCUUUGUCAACAGCCGAUGCAAUACAAAAGUUACGCGAAACCGAGGAUAUGUUGAUAAAGAAACAGGAUUUUCUUGAAAGUAAAAUAGAUCAGGAGAUUCAAACAGCUAAGAAAAAUGGAACGAAAAAUAAGAGAGCUGCAAUUCAAGCUCUUAAAAGAAAAAAACGAUAUGAGAAACAAUUGCAACAAAUUGAUGGCACACUGUCUACAAUUGAAAUGCAAAGGGAAGCACUGGAAAGUGCAAACACUAAUACUGCUGUACUUACUACAAUGAAGAAUGCAGCAGAUGCAUUGAAAUCUGUUCAUCAGCACAUGGAUGUUGACCAAGUGCACGAUAUGAUGGAUGACAUAGCUGAGCAACAAGAUGUAGCAAAAGAAAUUUCUGAUGCAAUAUCUAAUCCUGUAGCAUUUGGACAAGAUAUAGAUGAAGACGAAUUGGAGAAAGAAUUAGAAGAGCUUGAACAAGAAGAACUUGACAAAGAAUUACUCGGUAUUGAACCAACUGAUGAACUUCCCAAUGUUCCAGCUACAACUAUUCCUUCUGCACCAGCUAGAACUCGCACAAAAGCUAAACCUGAUGAGGAUGAAGACUUGAAAGAAUUAGAGGCAUGGGCAUCGUAAGGUGAUAUUAAAAUAUUGAUAAAAACAAAUUUUGUAAGAAAUUAAUAGUUAAAAAAUAAGUAUAUAUUGCUGAAAAAUCAACCAUGUACAUGAAUGUACUUUUUAAAUUUUG